AUGACUGAUCCCUGUUCCACAGAUCGCGGCCCAACUUCUCUCGCGUCCAAAAAUCCCUUCCGCAACCUUGUUUCAGAGAAUAACUCCGUCAAACCCAUCUCGACAAAUCCAUUUCUCGACACCAAUGAGAUCUUGUCUUCAGACGCGGCCAACAAGGCCACACCUCCAGUUGGCUCUGGAAUGGCAACAAACCGGACUAACGUGGCCGAUAACAACACAGAUAUAUUUGCGACCCUCGACAUAAAUGACCCUGUAAAGCCGCCUCAGCCUCGUGCAAACGGCGCUGCUCGACGGGAAAACAUCGCGCCUCGACCAUACACCUCUCGCGGACCUCCUCCACGCCACAGGCCUAGCAAUUCUGAUGAAGAGCGUCGACGACAACAAGGGAAACCUCCUGGGCCUCCACAGGAACUUGACAUCUUCGCAGAUCCGCCCGAACUGAACCGUCCUCGUGAAAGACGUCCCCUGCCUCGACGCAACUCUGAAACAUCCAUCAGGGAGAAACCUAAGGAUCUGGAUCCCGAGGCGGAAAGAAGGAGACGCGAAAGAAAAUUACGCGAGGGCAAAGGCUCACAGAGAUCAAAGAAGCCAAAUGCUAGAUUGGAUAUUAUCGAUAAAUUGGAUGUCACCAGUAUCUAUGGCACCGGCUUAUUCCAUCACGAUGGUCCGUUCGACGCGUGCAAUCCCCAUCGUAACCGCAAGGGUUCCAAGCAGGCUCCCAUGCAAGCAUUUCCCAAGGAUUCGUUGAACAUGCAACUUGGUGGCUCCGGUCCUGUCAAUUCCAAACUUAACCUGGACCAAUAUCACGGCACUGGACGAGAAGCCAAUCUGGACUACAACGGUGCAGCAGUCUACGAAGAGGACACCGAAUAUUUGCGAAGACCACUACCGGAGAGAAGCGCCAGCUUUAACCCGACUGCCAGAAUUGAACCUUUACAUGGCAGCGAGUCAGCUGGUCUUGGGACAAGCACAUUCUUAGAAGGUGCGCCCGCAAGUAGAGCCGCCAUUCAGCGUCGCGACAGCGAGCAAGAAGCUGCAGAACAGGCAAAUGCCGCCGGGUUAUCGCGCAAAAAGAGUCUGGCACAGAGAAUCAAAGCCGUGCGUCCAAAGAUUGCUGAAGGGGGUCGCAUCACUUCGCCUGAGCCAGCAGCAACCCCGAAUAGCCCUUUGGGGACUGGAAAAUCGGAACAGAAUGGAGUGAACCCGUUCUUCAAAGACUAUGACAAAGAAUUUGAGAAGAAAGGCGCUCAGAUUGCCUUUGCGGAAGAGCAAGCAAAGAACACCGGCCGGGCGCGAGCACCGUCUAGCCCGAAACGAGGUGGAUUGGCUUUGGAGAGACGAUUAACUUCCGAGAGCACCGGUCCACCGCCUGACGAUGCCAAAUCCGGCGCUGCUGGAUUCCUCAGUCGAGUCAAGAGCAUCAAGGGCCGAAGCAGGACACGCGAGAGGAGAAACACCGAGCUCUCAGCAUGA